GUGAAGGCUGAAAAAGCAUAGUGGUGGUGACGGGUGGGAUAAGGGAGGAGCCAGAGAGAGAGAGAGAGAGAGAGAUGGGACACGUAAUGAGGCUGCUGAUAAACUCGCCUUCUUCUUCGCCUCUUCUCCAGCUCCGAUACCACCACCGGACUCUUGACCCAAACUCUGUUUUCUCUCUGCGAACCUCUAUUACCAAAAGCAAGGGACGCUUCUCUUGUCUUUUCUCCGGCGGCAGCCAGAGAGAGGAGCAAGCUCGUAAGUCAUUGGAAAGCGCUCUCGGUGGGAAGAAAAAUGAGUUCGAGAAGUGGGACAAAGAGAUCAAGAAAAGAGAAGAAUCUGGUGGCGGAAAUGGUGGCAAUGGAGGAGGAGGAGGAGGAGGUUGGUUUGGGGGUGGUGGUUGGUUCAGUGGAGAUCAUUUCUGGAAAGAAGCGCAACAGAUUACCAUUACUGUCUUAGCAAUACUUGUCGUGUAUAUGUUGGUUGCGAAAGGUGAAGUAAUGGCUGCAUUUGUGUUAAACCCAUUGUUGUAUGCGUUGCGAGGAACACGAGAAGGUUUGACUUCUCUAAUCUCCAAACUCGCGGGAAGAGAAGCUUCGAAAGUGAAUGCUGAUAACUCAGAGGAGAUGUGGAAGAAGGAAGGUUUCACUGCUAAAGAGAGUGUCGUUCGGAAAUGGGGAAGUGACUGAAACAAAUUCUUAAAGCUGACUCAAGAUUCAAGAACAAUGACUUGAGUUUUAAUUUUUGUAAAAUGAAAAUGAGAUCAAAUGCAAUCGACCAUUUCAGUUUUUGUAAUGAAACUUAGGUAUUCUUCUUUCAACAUUAAGCUAA